AUGUCGGAUUCGGACAGCGACAACGUGACUGUACGUACCAAUGCCAAGAAGCAAGAUAAGACGGCGGCGUCGAAAUUUGAGGACGCAGCAAGCACAGCGGCGCCUGUAUUUCUACCCUCAGCGCCUGGCCAUAUGAAAAUUCCUUCGUUUUGGCCCGAGAAACCUGCCAUAUGGUUCGCUCAAGUGGAAGGACAGUUUGCCAUAAUGAGGAUAACUGACGACCGAACCAAAUUCUACCACGUCCUUGCAACGCUGGAUAGACAGUAUGCAGCCGAAGUAGAGGAUAUUCUCACCGGUCCAGCUGACUACGCGCGCCUGAAGUCCGAGCUGAUUAAGCGUUUGUCUGUGUCGCGCGAAAAUAAGGUGAAGCAGCUACUGAUGCACGAGCAGCUUGGCACACGCAAGCCGUCGCAGUUUCUCCGGCACCUGCAACAUCUCGCUGGACCAGCCAUACCUGACGACUUUUUGAAGACGAUCUGGACUAGCAGGUUACCCACGGGAUUGCAGCCGAUCAUCGCUUCGCAACCCUCGCUGUCUCUGGACGCUCUCGCGGAACUAGCCGAUCGUGUGCACGACAUAGCGACUCCGACACAGCAAGUAGCCGCCACGUCGUCGUCAGCACCGUCAUCAUCGGUCGAUCUCCUAACACAGCAGGUGGCGCAGUUGUCAAAGCAGGUCAGCGCGCUCCAGAUGCAAAUCAGCCGACAGCCGCGUCAACGGGAGCGAGGCCAUCGACCCAGGUCACGCAGCGGAUCGUCAUCGCGUACUCAGAGGUCCAAAUCCAACUAUCGGCGCUUUCCAGUCUGUUGGUAUCAUCAUAAACACGGAUCUAACGCGAAAUACUGUGUGAAACCGUGCGACUUCCGUUUCGAAUCGGGAAACCUUCCCGGCAGUCAGUGA